CCCAAAUUACUGGCUUCCGUCCUGGCUCCAACAUGCUGUGCCGGCUGGGGCGGCGGCGGCUGCCGCCGCUGUCUGUCCUGCGGCCCGGGACCCACGGCUCGCCGCUGGCGCCUCCGCCCGCGGGCGGCUCAGAGCGCCUCCCUGUCCCAGUGCGGGCAGUGGCUUCCGUCUCGGCGGGUGGUCCGGGCGGCGUCGGCGGCUGGUACGAGGCCCUGGCUGCGUCGCCCCCGGUACGAGGCGCGGAGGAGCUGCUCCUGACGGCGCACGCCGCCACGGGCCUGCCCUGGUGGGCCAGCAUCCUUCUCACGACCGUGGCCGUGCGCGGCGCCGUCACGCUGCCCCUGGCCGCCUACCAGCACUACAUCUUAGCCAAGGUGGAAAAUUUGCAGCCAGAAAUAAAAAAUAUUGCCAGGCAUCUUAACCAAGAAAUUGCAGUUCGUGCAAAUCAGUUGGGAUGGUCCAAAAGGGUUGCCAGGCUCACGUAUCUCAGGAACAUGCGGAGACUUGUUGCAGAGCUCUAUGUCCGGGAUAACUGCCACCCUUUUAAAGCUACUCUGCUGGUCUGGAUUCAGCUUCCCAUGUGGAUCUGCAUCUCUGUUGCCCUGCGAAAUUUUAGCAUCGGAGCAACACACUCAGAAGCAGGAUUUUCUGUUCAGGAGCAGUUAGCUACUGGUGGGAUUCUCUGGUUUCCUGACCUCACUGCAUUGGAUUCCACUUGGAUUCUGCCCAUAUCUGUUGGUGUCACCAAUUUAUUAAUAGUGGAGAUUUUUGCUCUGCCAAAAAAUGGAAUGACUCGUUUUCAGAAGUAUGUUACAUACUUUGUCCGUGGAAUGUCUGUGUUGAUGAUCCCAAUUGCCGCCACAGUCCCUUCGUCGAUUGUUCUUUACUGGUUGUGCUCCAGCUUCAUGGGCCUCUCACAGAACUUGCUGCUGCGUUCACCUGGAUUUCGCCAACUUUGCCAUAUUCCAUCGACUAAGUCAGCCUCACACACUCCUUACAAAGACCUCAUUGAUGCCUUUUGCGCCAAGUUCAUUACCAAAAAAUAACAUACUUUUCAGUAAUUUUGAAACAAGAGUCAUCACAUCAACUUGGAGAAGUUAGAAAUGCAGCUGUUAUUUAAGUACUGUGGGUUAAGAUGUUUUUGAUUGUUAAGAAAUGUCAUAUAUUUAAUUGUAUACAAAGAAUAUAAAAUUAGAACUAAAGUUUCUAGUCCUAUGUACAAAACUGCAACCUACUUGGGGUGUUAGGACUUGGGAAAAUAGAAUUAGAAACUGAAUGAUAAUCACAGGACAUACAACACAUUAAAUUUUUUAAAAUAAGAGAAUCUGAUGUGGUAGCUUGUGACAUUUUAAUGGUGGAAAAUAUUUAUAAAAGCCAUGAUUUUCUCUUCAGAAAACUGCUCAGACUCAACUUGGGAGCUACCUUUGAGGCUCUGAAGUGCUGAGGGAUUUGGGUUCAGAAGUCUUUUUCUAAUGGAACAUAUGAUGAGUGAUGAUGAGUGUGUGUAUGUGUGUGUGUGUGUGUGUGUGUAAAGUAACUUAAAAUAUAGACAGUAAAGUAGCUUGUGUGUUUUAAAAGACACCUAAUAUGGUAGGUAAUUUUGCUUUCCAACUCUAUUCUGAAAAGACAAAGAGUGAACAUUAAUUUUCCUAUAGCUAUGACAUCUGGAUUAUUGGACUUAGUUGAAUAAAGAAGGUUAGAAGGGCCACUAUCUUUUAUGGAGGUCAUUCUUUGAGACCAUCAUCUCCAAACAUUCUUUGAGAAUAAUACAGGGUUCAUGCUCUAGGAGUGGUGCAGUAUUGAAAAAGUUGGUAGUAGGGACUGUAAAUCACUGAUACAGCCUUGUUUAAUUUGGAAUGAUACGAUUAACUCUGGUUGAGAUACAAAUAGAUUUCACACACAUUUGAAAAGGUUGUAUAUUGCUAUUGAGUUGAAAUGUAGAUCCAUACCUGAGAUUCCCUACCCCAUCUGAUGUUUUGUAGUGAAAUAAAAACUAAGGUGAAAUCA